UCCCUGUCCAGAGCCCGCCACAGUCCCCACCGCCGCCGCCAUGCCCACCCACCGCCUCGUGAUAGUUCGGCACGGCGAGAGCACCUGGAACCAGGAGAACCGCUUCUGUGGCUGGUUCGACGCAGAGCUGAGUGAGAAAGGGGCCGAGGAGGCCAAGAGGGGGGCCCAUGCCAUCAAGGACGCCAAGAUGGAGUUCGACAUUUGCUACACAUCAGUGCUGAAGCGGGCCAUCCGCACCCUCUGGACCAUCCUCGAUGGCACAGACCAGAUGUGGCUGCCUGUGGUGCGCACCUGGCGUCUCAAUGAGCGGCACUACGGGGGCCUCACGGGCCUCAACAAGGCAGAGACGGCCGCCAAGCACGGGGAGGAGCAGGUGAAGAUCUGGAGGCGCUCCUUCGACAUUCCACCACCCCCCAUGGAUGAGAAGCACCCCUACUACAGCACCAUCAGCAAGGAGCGUCGGUACGCAGGCCUGAAGCCUGGGGAAUUGCCCACUUGCGAGAGCCUCAAGGACACCAUCGCCCGGGCCCUGCCGUUCUGGAAUGAGGAGAUCGCCCCCCAGAUCAAGGCUGGCAAGAGAGUACUCAUCGCAGCCCACGGAAACAGCCUGCGGGGCAUUGUCAAGCACCUGGAAGGGAUGUCAGACCAGGCCAUCAUGGAGCUGAACCUGCCCACGGGGAUCCCCAUCGUGUAUGAGCUGGAUGCAGCACUGAAGCCCACCAAGCCCAUGCAGUUCCUGGGUGACGAGGAGACCGUCCGGAAGGCCAUGGAGGCUGUGGCCGCCCAGGGAAAGGCCAAGUGAAGGGUGGGCUCUGGCAAUAAAAGCGGCUCCACCCACUGCCUCGAAUCCAGCAUGGCCCCAGUAUGCCUGGUACGUGGGCUGGCAGAUACCCACCAUCUAGCGCUCACUCAGGGCUGGCUCCACAGGCCUGGCGCCUGGGAUUCCACAAAUGUUGCCCCAGGGGGCCUGGCCCCUGCUGCCUGCCCAGCCCAUCCCAUUAGGUGUGGGGACCCCAGGAACCAGGGGCAGGAGCCUGGUCCCCAUCCCUGGCUAUCAGGCAGCUCCUAACAAGCCCCUAUAGUGA